AUGUCCCUUUCACAGUCACCUCCUGUAGGCACGCAAGAGGAGCGCGACCUUGACUCACGCCUUGACGUGGCAAUAACAAACUCCUCCUCGUUGAUUGAAGAGGCGCUCAAGCAGCUUGCGAAGCCAUGCACCGUCGUAGGCGAAGACAUUGAUGACGAAUACGACACCCUCACCCCCAUUGACCUUGCGAUUUCCAGGUCCACUAUGCUCCUCGAAGCAGCUAACCUGCAGCUGGCCUCACCUUCAGCUGCACCUGUCGAGCUCACAGAGUCGGAAGUAGCGGAAGAGAAGGCUGCACAUGCCUGGGCGCAGACUUAUCAGCAAAUUGAGCGAACGAACGAUGUGCGCUCAGAUUCAAGUCAUGGUCUGGCAAGAUCGAUUCUGGACGAGAUUCAAGAGGUAGACGAGAACAACUUGCUUGCCGAUCGACCCAACACCAUGUCAGCUGCGCUGGCCAUCCCGAGCGAGUUUCUUCAGAGCGCUKCCAGCUCUCGGGAAGCAAAACGAGCAAAGCGACUCUCGCGAACUUGCUGUGGCCCAAACGUUGCUGCCAUUGUUGCAAAGAUCGAAGCCAUCGAUGGCUCGGUUGUUCCUUGUAAUUCGCAGGGACAUUCCCGCAGCACGAGCGCUCAUAGCUUUGGUAAGUAG